GCAUCCCGUUGCCGCCAGUGCUCUCUAGUAAAAGCUGUCUCCACCCUUCGUCUUUCUUGCCUUGCCUCACCCUCACCGCAGAACUACCCUAACCAAGAGAGGGAUGCGUAACUCCAAAGUUUUCGUGAAAUGUUGAGCUGGCACUCCUAUGCCCCUCUACUGUUUAGGAACUUACACGUACGCGCGCUUCUCUGUUGAUCGAAGACCGAGCCUGUUUCACAUUCCACUUCGUUAAUAGUAAGAUCGCCAUUAAGGAACCUAUAUUCAUUAACGGUUUAAUACCAAGAUCUUUGACAGGAUACAUGUUGAAGUCAUUUGACUCCGCCUGUAACACCGGCAGUUUAACAAACAUGGUCGUGAACUGUGUCGUGUGUGAAGGUGCCCUUUUUCCCUUUUAUUGUUUUAUUAUCCCGUCUCCUUUUUCACCCUGUGUUUGACUCUAAAUUCCGAGUGGUAAAAGGCUGGAUUAAUUAUUAACCGGAUUGCUGAACAUUGGACGGACACUCGUGUGGUACAAAAAAGUUAUUCUGGAUCAUGGAAUAUUUUCUGCAAUGGUUUAGUCAAUGGAAACAAAGAUUUAAAGAAGGAAUUUUGCCAGAAAAUCAUUCCUUGACUAAUAACUCUACAGUGGGAAUACGAAUAACCCUGCAAUCUACGCUCGAUCAAACUUACUAUCAUCGAAUAUCUGAGUAGAAGUGCGAAUACAUGCUUACAAAAAGGAUAAUUCUGGAUCCGUUCAAGCUUGAAAUAUUUGGGUGGUCUCGUCAAAAGAGAAUCAGCCAAAAACAAGUAUUGGGUGAAAUAUGCUUUAUAUGCAUCAUAAAACCAUACCUGUUUCUUUAAAAAAUAUUUUUCGAGUUAUAGAUAGAAAUCUCAGAAACGUGAUUGAACCUGAGAUUCUUGAGAAAUUGUGUACCGGUAGGAUAGGAUAAAUAAAUAUUAUGGUGAAUAAAAUUUCGAAAAAAUGAAAAUCAUGUGUCAGAGUGGUUCAAAAACGGCAGCGAGGUCUCUGAAGAGGCUCUCUAUUAGUAAGUCAGCGUUAGUAAUGUGGCCUAAUAGUCUUGGUGGGACAUCCGGAUGCAGCGGGGGUGCAGGUACUUCCGAUCUCGCUGGCCUCGCGAUCACCACCACGUCAGCGUCUGAACUCUUCGGACCUGCAGGAUUUGGGGUAUCAACUACUGGACCGUAUAGUGCCCUGAAAGCAAACCCUUACGUUGGUGCACUCGCUAUGCCACCAAUGGAGGCUCUGCAUACAAGUAUUGGUUACCCAGGUUGUUCACCUGCUGGUGAGUCGUAUUACUGUAACCCAAGGAAACAACGCCGAGAGAGAACAACUUUCACCCGAGCACAAUUAGAUGUAUUGGAAGGUUUAUUCUCUAAAACACGGUAUCCUGACAUAUUCAUGCGCGAGGAAGUUGCACUUAAAAUUAACUUGCCUGAAUCAAGAGUACAGGUUUGGUUCAAAAAUAGACGUGCAAAAUGCCGACAACAAGACAAACAGAGACAGCAGCAGGAAAAGAAUCCAAGAUCAAAAAAAUCUGCCGGAAAUUUGGGAAGCAAUCCACUACCAGGAAAAAGUCUUUCCACAGCUACGUUACAGACUCCUCUAACGGUAGUUCCUAUCACAACACCUUUAAGUGGUGGGACAAGUAGCUCGGCAGCUAGCUCACCAGCUCCUUUACGAGACUCACCAAAUUAUAAACCACCAGGAAGUACAGGCCUGAUGCUGUCGGCAAGUACGACUCCACCUAGUUUAGGCGGUACCGUGUACAGUAGUGGAGGUAGUAGCAGUAGUAUUUGGAGCCCAGCUAUCACAGAAGGCAGUAGUGGAUUUCCAAAUGAUCAUCAGAGAUUAGCCUGGACAACAACCACCACACAGCAACAAUGUUAUCAAAAUUAUACCUCCUACUAUACAAACAUGGAUUAUCUCUCGCCAGCCACGCACCAACUAAACAUUAUGGAUGCAGGAAGCAACAACUUAGACACUACAUGGAAUAAAACGAGAGACGAAAGUGCAUCAUCUUGGUUCUACAACAGUGCUGGCUGGGGAGACCGAAAGUGAAUUGUGUGAGCAUUCUCUUAAAAUGAACCUGAUACAUAUCAUCGACAACAAUAUUGGUAAAGGAAGUAAAAUUUUCACCGAAGAGUGUUCAAAAGAUGUCGAUGUAAAAUAUUACCUAGAUAUGAUCAAGGAACUGGAUAAAUUGUUGUAAGUCGACUGGACUAGACGAAAUAUAAUCGUCUUCCCUGAGACCAUUCUAAAGUAUAAGAAAUGCAUUACGGGGUUUAACUA